UAAGCUAAACCUUCAGUAUAUAUACUUAGCCACUCAUACAAAAUCCUAUAACAAAGAGUGUGAAACACAAAUCAUGUCCUCCAACAGUAUUGAAAACACAAUAGAUGACUCCAGUACUGGAAAUGAUGAGAUUCAUCAACCCAUGUUGCUAGACAAGCAACCAUCCCAGGAGCCAGUAAUCAGUUCUGAACUUGAAGAUGUACUAUCAGAUACAAGUUUGUCAUACUUUAAGCGACUCCAAAGAGCCACCUUCAUUGAGUUAAAGACACUCUUCCAGCUAGCAGGACCAGCAGUUGUGGUUUACUUGCUCAACAACGUGAUUUCCAUGUCAACCCAAAUCUUAUGUGGUCAUCUUGGCAAUCUUGAGCUUGCUGCUUCCUCACUUGGCAACAAUGGAAUCCAAAUUUUUGCCUAUGGCCUUAUGUUAGGGAUGGGAAGUGCGGUGGAGACACUAUGUGGCCAAGCAUAUGGGGCACACAAGUAUGAAAUAUUGGGGAUAUAUCUUCAGAGAUCAACAGUACUCCUUAUGGCAACUGGGAUUCCACUUAUGAUGAUAUACAUAUUUUCCAAGUCUCUCUUGAUCUUACUAGGUGAAUCAGACACCAUUGCAUCAGCAGCUGCAAUAUUUGUGUAUGGCCUUAUUCCACAGAUAUUUGCUUAUGCUGCCAAUUUUCCCAUACAAAAGUUCUUACAAGCUCAAAGCAUAAUUUUCCCUAGCGCAUACAUAUCAGUUGGUGUCCUUGUGGUGCAUCUUUUACUGAGUUGGGUUGCAAUUUAUAAAUUGGGAUGGGGGUUGCUUGGUGCCUCAUUGGUUUUGAGCUUGUCAUGGUGGCUUUUAGUGGGGGCACAGUUUGUUUACAUUCUAGUAAGCCGAAAUUUCAAGCACACAUGGAAGGGAUUUAGUUUACAGGCCUUUUCUGGCUUAUGGGAAUUCUUCAAGUUAUCGAUCGCAUCAGCUGUUAUGCUAUGCCUUGAGACUUGGUACUACCAGAUUCUUGUUUUGAUUGCUGGUCUACUCAAAGAUGCUGAAAUUGCCUUGGACUCUCUGACAGUUUGCAUGACAAUAUCAGGAUGGGUGUUCAUGAUCUCAGUUGGUUUCAACGCAGCAGCAAGUGUAAGAGUAAGCAACGAAUUAGGAGCUGGACAUCCCAAAUCAGCAUCAUUUGCUGUAGUGGCUGUAACUUUAAGCUCCUUCAUUAUAGCUCUGGCCCUAGCUAUUGUUCUGCUCUUACUUCGCCAUGUGAUCAGCUACGCCUUCACUGGUGGUUCCACAGUUGCCGAUGCUGUCGCAGAACUCUCUCCUUUCUUGGCCAUCUCUAUUUUACUAAAUGGAGUCCAGCCUGUUUUAUCUGGUGUAGCUGUUGGAUGUGGAUGGCAAGCAUUUGUUGCAUACGUCAAUGUUGGAUGCUACUAUUUUAUUGGUAUCCCAUUGGGAUGUGUUAUGGGCUUCAAGUUGGACUUUGGUGUUAAGGGAAUAUGGUCUGGGAUGAUAGGAGGCACACUUAUUCAAACUAUCAUAUUAUUAUGGGUUACCUUUCGUACGGACUGGAAUAAAGAGGUUGAGAAAGCAACAAAUCGGUUGAAUACAUGGGACAACAUCAAGCAGCCUCUUUUGAAGGAUUAAAUCAAUCUGUCGUUUCAUUAGCUAAAAACUGUUAUGGGAACAUUAGCAUUCGGCAAUUCUACGAGUUGAAGAUUCCUGAUCACAAUGAUGCCUCCAUUGUGACAAGGAGUUAAUGUCAUUUCUUCUGCUAUUUUUGUGUAAUAGCAACAUCUCGAACAAUAUCAGCAGCUGUUGCCGUUUAUUUUCUUUUCUCCCAAAUCAAAUAAAAAGUGAGAUAUGAUUUUUUUUGUUUUUGUUUUUGGUUUUACGAUGAAGAGUGAUGUCUAUGGUGAUGUAUAGCUUGAAGUUUGAACGGCGAUGUCUAAUGAGGGAGCACACCUCAAUAUUUCCUUGUUCUAGUACACUUUCAAGAAUAAAAAACGGAGUCCUUGUUUUGUUUUAA